AAGGACUCUCAAGUAGGCAGGUAUGGAGGCCUAGAUUUCCCAGGGGAGCAGUUCGAGAGGCUCCAAGCGUCCUCCUCUACCCGCUACACCCUCUCAGCCCAGAAUCCGCAAUGCGCGGGCCCGGCGCGGGCACCCUGUGCUGGGCCCGCUGCUUCGCCACUCGCUCCCGCGGCGCCUCGCGGGCGCGCGUCCCCGCCCCUCCCUAGCCCUGUAGCCCCAGGCAGCUGCCCUCGGGCCUCGGGAGCGGCGCACGGCCCGGAGGGGGCGUGGCUUCAGCUCUUGUGCUGUCAUUGGUGGCGGCGCCUUCGCUGGCGGACGCGAAUACGGCGGCGGCGGCGGCGAAGGCGGGGCUCGUCGCUAGAGCUGGGGCAGGCCUCGUCGCAGGAGCAGGGGCAGGGCUCGUCGCAGGAGCCGAGGCCGGGCGCUUCGCCGGAGCCGAGGCCGGGCUCGUCGCAGAAGCAGAGGCGGGGCAUGCGGAGGCGGAUGCUCCUGCGAGUGCGGCGGGGGCGUGGGCGGCGACGACGACGACGGGGCGGAGUCAGGCCGGAGCCCGCGCUGCCCUGGACGGAGCGCGGCAUCGUUCCGCCCUGGGUGAACCGACUGCUGACAGCCAGUGCCCUGGCGAGCAUGCAAGAUCAGGACGAGGGGCCCGUGCGUGCCCCAGCACCAGCGCCCUUCGGAGCGAUCUGGCAGCGGAAAAGGAAAUCUGAAGCAAUGCCGCAACCCCAAGAACCCAAGGUGGAAGCCGUGCAGGUGGCCAGCCAAAGCGUGGUGGCUUGGCGCAGUAAGGCCGAGUGGGAGCAGGUCAUGGUCUACCUCUUCUGCUCGGACCCCGAGCUGCAGCGACAUGCGCUCAACCGAGUAUCGGCUUGGAAAAGCAGAUGCAGCAACAACCUCCCCCUGGCCGUGGCCUGCACAACAGAUCUGGUGCUUUGCAAGCUCCUGGAUGGAACUUCUGCCUUGGGCACUCAGGAGCUCGUGCUCCUCUAUGGGAUGGCCUUGGUCAGGUUUGUGAAUCUUAUCACUGAGCCCAAGCAGAAGAUCAUCAAUAUUCCUCUGAGACGCCUGGCCCAUGAGAUGCACAUCCCAGAGUGGGUUGUGAACCUUCGCCACAAUCUGACUCACAGGAAUCUGCCUAGACUAAGUACCUGCAGAAGAGGCUGUGAAUUCGUCUUGGAAUGGCUCCGUCGGACGUAUUGGUGCCGCCAGCUGGGGAAUAACUUGGGUGAGCCCUGGGAUACAGGGGUGCGUAUCCGCGAGAUAGAGAUGGGGAAGGAUGAAGGUGGAGUUGUGUUGGAGGAGGUGGAAGAAGUGGAGGAAUUGGAAGAGGAGGAAGAGCCAGAAAUGCAGCCUCCCCAGGAGGAGCCGCUUUCUGAAGAGGCCCAAAAAGAAAAAGACCUGCAAGAGAAAAUCCGGAAACUGCUGGUGUCCUAUGGGGAGCAACAGUUUAAGGUGCUCCGGCGUUCGAGGCAGCUGCCCAAGGCCGUGAAAUUGUGGACCAAGUCCACCCGCGAGGUGGAACGAUUGGUGGGCCGCCUGAAGAAGCUGUCCAAGGAAAACCGAAAUUACGUGGUGGACACCCUGCUUGAUGAAGGCUUCCUCAUCCCUACUAUUGAGCAGCUGGAAGCUCUGAAGAUCCAACCAACAGAAGUCCUGAAUCUGGUGAACCUUCUGAUGCCGAGGUCCUUCUCGCACUUCUGGCAGCCCCUCAUUAAGGGCCUGCAGACUCACCCAUUCAUCCAGGAUCUGCUGGAGAAGAUGCUCAGAACCCUACCUGAUUGUGGGGACACAGGGAUCCGUCCAGCCUAUCUCAUCAGCUGGAUCAACGAGCUUGUGGUGGUCUAUACCCCUGCUGGACCCUGCCAGAAGCGCCUCACCUCUAGUCAGAGGUCUGUCCGCAAGAGCUGGAAGAUGGGACCUCGCAAAUUCUCCUUGAACUGGUCCCAGCUGCUUGAUGUCUGCCUGGAUGCCACCUGCUGGGCCAGUCCUCACCUUCUCCAACUGGUCCUAAAGGCCAUGGAGCCCCAGCUACCCCUGGACUCGCAGGAGAAGCUCAUGUGUCUCUGCACCAUCUACACCCAGGGCGGGAAUCCUGUCCCUAGCGUGAGGCCCUGGGAAGGGACUAGCUCCCUGCACAGGCCCAUCUAUACCCUGGAGAGCCUUCAGUGGCAGGUGAAGCGGGCUCUCAUGAUGGAGAAGAGGAAGAAUCGCCAGCCCGGGGAAGAGGAGGAAGAGGAGGAGGAGGAAGAAGAGGAGGAAGAAGAGACUGAGUCUGAAGAGUCCUCUGAACCCGAAGUGAUGGAAGUGGAUGCAGAGCCAGUGAAGGAGGCUGUGCUGAAGGAGACUCCGGAGAUGCUCGCUGAAAAGCAGGCCGGCUUGGAGGGCUCCCCCUGGCAGCUGUGCUUAGAUGACAUAAACUGGAGCGAAUUGCCCCUGGGUAAGGUUCCGGGCCAGACUGACGACCCUGACGAGCUGAUGGUGGAGAACUACACCCUGAUCUCUGUCCUGGACCAGCCUGUGAUCCAUGAACUGGAUGAUGAGCCGCAUUCAUCCACAUUUGGCAUGGGAAUAAAUGCAGAGUCGGCAGAUGGUGGGAGUAAUCCAAGUUUGGGUUUUGGCAAGACAUCAGAGGUGGGACAAGAAACACCCCUUUCCACCAUGCCGGUUCUCCAGUCAGAGGACGGAGAGGAGAAAAGCACUUCCAUCGCCAACCAGUUUCCCGACCUUGGGGAAUGGGGAGAAAACACCAUUUCAUCAACCCAGGUGUCCUGCCUCCCCGUGGAAGAGGAUCCAGAAGAUCCCGAUGUCAUCAUUGAGUGCCACAUUCCUCCUCCUCCUAGGGUGGAGGGCCAAUCUAUCCGUGUUCCAGUGAUUGUGAACCCCCGGGAAUCGUUCAAGCGUGCUCACUAUCCGUUGUGUGCUCCCACAUUCGUUUUCCCUCCAGUCCAAUCUCACUCUGAUGACUCACUCUAAAGCUGCCCAGCUUUAGAGAGCCCACUGUGCUCUCUGCAAUGCCUGUUUGCUAGGUGGCAAACUUGCUUUUGUCAAUCGCUUCCUUUUGUGCUCUUUCCAUUUCCUGCCUCCUUCCCUGGCACUAGAUGCACUUUCAUCCCCCCAAUUCACUGGUCGAGGCGGGGGAGUUGGGAUACUCCUUGCUCCCCAUGGCCGCUUCCAGACUCAUUCUCUACCUCCAUCGCUCAGUAACUUCCCCUCUGAAUUUCAUUCAGUCCAUAUCUCCCCAAUCAGAAUUCUGGUGUCUGUUGCCUACUGACCCCCAGGCCACUCUCCUUCAUUCAUGGAUGAAUUCAGGGCCUGGCUCCCAGUCUUCCUUCCUUCCCUGACUCCUGUCCUCAUGCUAGGGGACUUCAGCAUAUACAGAGAUGCUCCCCCAAACACCCUAAUCUUCCAGUUCCUCACCUUAUUUCCCAUGGCCUGCUACUCCACCCCAACUCAGCUACACACACAGAGAUGGCCAUACCCUUGUUCUUGCCACCAGCCACAAAUGCACCACUUCCAUGAUCAUCAGCUCCGAAAUUCCCUUACUGGCUCACUAUCAUCAUUCCACCUCUUCCUCUGUUUUGUAACCCCACAUCCUGUUCUUCAUUCACAAUGUGACCUUCAAUCUCUCAACCCUGUCAGUUCUCUCCUAGGCCAUCACCCCUGUACUCAUUACACAUCUCCCUUUCCCAUCUCAACCGUUUGGUGAAUCACUUCAACUCUAUACUGCCCUCUUACCUUGAGUCCCUUGCCCCCUGAUGGAACCAGUCUUGCCCCACCAAGCCUCAGCCUUGAAUCACUCCCACCAUCUGCUGCCUUCGCUCCUACAAACGUGCUGCUGAACAAAGGUGGAGAAAACUGUGCUGACUGGGUCCACUACAGAUUUGUUACAUGACCUCAACUGGGCCCUCACCGCUACAAGGCAAUCCCCUCACACCUCCCUGAUGGAUUCACUGUCCCACUCUUCCACAGUGGCCAUUCCAAAUCUCCCACCCCUGACCUCCUAUGGCUCCCCUUUCCCUCCCCCUCUCAGCUGAGAGCCUUGCCUCAUAUUUUACUGGAAAAAUUGAGGCCAUUUGCAGUGAGCUCCCUCUUCCCUCUUCCUUAUCUGCUAUCACUCAGAUGCCUUCUGCCACUAUCUUCUAUUUCACUCAUGUCUCACAUCAUGAGGUGGCCCUAAUCUUUGCCAAAGCAAAGCCUUCUGUGUGCCCAAGUGAUCCCAUUGCAUCCCAUCUCCUCGAUCAUCCUCACUCUUAUCAUCAGUAUCCCUGUCCACUGGCUCCUUCCCUACUACCUACAAACAUACCCAUGUCUCCCUCGUCCUCAAAAAAGCCCUCCCUUGAUCCAACCAUCCCUUGCUAGUUCUCAUCCCACACCUCUCCUCCCCUUUGUGGUCAAACUCCCCGAGAAGGCUGUCUAUAAUAGGUGCCUCCACUUCCCUUCCCCUCACUCUUCUUAACUGUAGUCUGGUUUCUGACCUCAUCACUUAACCAGA